AAAAGCGGGAAGGUUGCAAAGUAAGCGGAAAGCUGGCGGCAGGGUCCAGGGUCUGAAAGACAAGAAUUAGCAGAAUAGCCCAUUAUUUGAUUUUAAGAAAAUGCAGGAAUAGUGAGAGGGAAAAAUGAAGUUGGUCAGGUGCACAGGUAAACAGAUUCCAAAAGCUGCUACUUCUGCCAUGUAGGAUAUUAACCAGAAGGAAGCAAUUUUUAUCUGCUGCAGCAUUCUUUUGAUGUUUCCCUCUAAGUUAUGAAAGUAGGAUGUUAGAAUAUCAAGAACAAGAGGAGCUGACUACUGUGCGUGUCCAAGAUCCUCGAAUACACAAUGAGGGCUCAUGGAAUUCUUAUGUGGACUACAAAAUAUUUCUCCAUACCAAUAGUAAAGCUUUCACAGCCAAGACAUCUUGUGUGCGCAGACGAUAUCGUGAGUUUGUGUGGUUAAAGAAACAGCUGCAAAAAAAUGCUGGCUUGGUGCCUGUCCCAGAACUUCCAGGGAAAUCCACUUUCUUCGCAGGUAACAAUGAUGAAUUUAUUGAGAAACGAAGACAAGGAUUGCAACAGUUCUUGGAGAAGACAGUACAGAAUGUUGUACUCCUUUCAGAUAGCCAGCUGCACCUUUUUCUACAAAGCCAGCUCUCUGUACCAGAAAUUGAAGCUUAUGUGCAGGGUCGAGGCCCUAUGAGUGUCACUGAUGCUAUUCUCCACUAUGCCAGGUCCAACUGUGGUUGGAUUCAGGAGGACAGUCAUUCAGCUUUGCUGGCUGUGCAUGACUUUGGCAACAGUUUUGAUGAAGAAAGCCAGUUUGUCCAAAGCUCCAUAGAACCACUCCCUCAUUGGAGUGAUGUCAGCAUAGAUGACAACAAAUUGGAGAGUCCGUGUUCUGAGGAAGAUGACCAUCAACCAACAGGACUGCUGCAGGCUAGUUCCACAGCAUCAGAUCAUCACAUCAACAAUUAGAAUAAAAAAGCCCAUUCAGGAUGUGCUUGAAGCUCAGCAUUAACUUUUGUCACUUUGGAUUAUUAGAACUCCAGGCACAAGUGUUUGGAUUAUCUCUAUGGCUUGGGUGUGAACAAGCCUGGACCAGUGAAAUGUUUGAACAGUUAGAAUUGAGGCUUAUGAAUGCAGAAGUGGUUUUCAGGUAUCCUUUUUUCCUGUUCUUCCAUCUUGAUCCUCCCUCAAGUCUUCCUCAACUUUUUGCAUACUUUGACAAAUUAUCCUGUACAGAAAAUUGCUCUGGCUUGUUGACUACGUUCUCUCCCCGCAUCCUCCAUAUCUAUAACUGAUAAUUUUUGUUGCCAAAAUCCAGCUGUCUUUUGUAUCAAAACUAUUUGCCUGUAAUACAACUUCUUUUUAAGGUGGUGCCAGAAAGCGCACCUGCUUGCCAUGGAUGCCAAAUCCACAUCUGAGUUCCUUGGUAGAUAUACACAGCUGGGCCAAAUAACCAGACUCUCUCCCCAAUUUAUUAUUGCCGAAGCUGCUAAGAGGAGUAUGUUAUAAACAUACAAGGGAAACAAGGAAUGAUAGUCUGUAUUCUUCUUAGUUGUUAGGUGCAUAUCUUGAGAAGAGUCCUGCUAUAUUUCAUUGCUUUGACACAGCACACAAUUUGACAUGGAGACAGUAAUAAACCCCACCUAUAUACUAAAUAAGAAUUGUACCUAUCUGCCUCUAAGUUCUCUUAUUCAUUGCUAUAGGAGCAGUAAAACAGCAAUUCUAUAAGUCUAGAUAUUUCAAUUUGCAGAUUUUUUUAUUUGACUUGUCUGAUCUUUGAGCAAAAUAUUAAUAGAAUUGAAAUCAAUGGACUCUGAAGAGCUGGAAGAUCUUGCUUGAGAUGUUUUAAUCCCCCCCCCCUCCAUUUCCACACACUACACAAUAGAAGUUAAGUAAAUAGACUCAUGUUGUCUCUCUCCCAGUUUUUGUCCUUUAAACUGGGUAGGGAAACAAAUAAGGCAAUUUUUGGCACAAUAAAUUUUUAUCCUAUGGGCAGUGGCUUUUUUUUUAGCUAAAGUACUUAAAGGUUUUUUUGUCUUCUUUGUGUUCCCUUCUUUUGUGAUAAUCUCAACAAAUGUACAUGAAAGCAAAAUAAUUAUUACUUAAAAA